AAUUUCGUAUCAAGUUGAACGAACCGUGUUAAAUUGUAGGUUGGGUCGAUGUUUUGAAUUCGCCUCAUCUCUGAAUUCGCUAGUAAUAAUUUUAUUGAAAUGUUAUGUCCAGGGUUAAGUAAAUUCACUAAACAAUAUUGUACAACAUAUGGGCUACAACUGAAUUAGAAAAAGGUUCCACUCGCCCUACUGAAUUAUUCGAGGGAUCGGCUAUGGAACUUCCUCCUAAUCUGACUGCAAAUUUAGUUCAACCUGUAAAAGACCCGCUAAACUCGACCCCGCAUACAAUUAAACAGGAAGCGGAAGAAGAAGCAGAAGACGUCACUAAUUUUUCAUACAAUUUAAGUCCUCAGGAUGUGAAACCCUUCGACAUUUACAGUGAAACAAACACAUCUACGCCAGCUGACAUUCUACCAAUCCCAAUUCCGCCACAUUUUCUACCUGAUGACGAUGAUGAGGAGACUAGCUUAGAAAACUCCGCUCCGGGAAUAAUUGAUAACCAAGAACCGACGAAGCUACGCAAACCAAAGGAGUGUAAUAUUUGCGGUAGAAGAUUUCAGAAUAACAUGACCCUAGGAUUUCACAAACUGAAACAUACGAACGAAAAACGGCAUGAGUGUGAAACGUGUGGAAGGAAAUUUUUCACAAGGCAUGAGCUGACGGUUCACCUGCGGUGUCACACAGGUGAACGACCGCACGUUUGUAAAACCUGUGGGAAAGGAUUUACUCAAAACUGCCACCUAAUCGCACAUAUGCGUAGCCACACUGGGGAAAGGCCGUACAAGUGUGAGGUCUGCGACAAACAAUUCAUGCUGAAAACUCAUCUAAAGCAGCAUAGUCGGGGACAUACAGGCGAAAAGCCACACAAAUGUGACAUUUGUGGUAAAGAAUACGGUCGAAUGAACGAUUUGAUGAAGCACCGCCGCGGACACACGGGGGAGAAACCGUUUAACUGCGAUGUAUGCGGCAAGUCAUUCACCGGAAGUAACUAUCUCGCCCGGCACAAGCGAACUCACAGUGGAGAGAAACCGUUCGGGUGUGAUUUGUGCGAAAAACAAUUUCUUACCCUUCGACAGAUGACCAGUCACCGGGUGCGGCACACCGGAGAGCGACACUUUCGGUGCGAGAUAUGUGGUAAAGAUUUCUUCACAACCCAUGAGCUGACGCUGCAUAUGCGUAGCCACACGGGCGAAAGACCUCAUAGGUGCGAUUUGUGCGGUAAAGAUUUCGCCCAGGGUAGUCACCUGAGGGCUCAUCGGGCGGCUCACGAACGUAGAAAUAAUAAACUGCUGCCGGUGCCCGUGUACGAUGUUACGGUUGAGAUACCUGAUUAAAUACUGCAAUAGAGUAUUAUUUUCUUGAGUGAGUCGAAACACUCAUGACAUAUAAUUUGUAAUACUAUUAGUAUUAGUACCAUUGAAAUAAUUAAAUUAUAACGCA